AUGGCCCCUUCCAGGGCCAUCUCCCCGGCCUACGCGCGCCACGCGCUCGUUCUGUCGCUCCUUCUGGCGAUCACGAUUACGAUCCCCGCAAUCCACGCGCUUUCGGAUCCGCAUGAUCUCCGCCAUUCCGCCUCGUCCGCGAGCGACUCCCCCGCCUCCACCGCCCCUCCCGCGUCUUCCGCUUCCGCCGCCGCACCCAACGCUUCAUUCUCCUCCACUCCAAUCCCUUCCUCCCUGCUCGCAGCGCUAGAUCCGGUCGCGCGACUCGCCAAAACCGCGUCGCGGUCUCUCGCGUCGCUCUACCCCCCAACACCCGACGCUAGGACGCUCGAACCGGGCAGCCCGGAGUACUUAAACCUAUUCGUGCAGGAAACGAGCUUCUACAACCGCCUCGUACUCUCCUUCCUCCCCUCCUCCUUCGUCUCCGCGCUCCCGCACUUCCCGCAAACCUGGCUGCGCAACUACGUCGCGGGCUGCCUCCUGUAUCUCAUCGGAUCGGGGCUAUGGAGCCUCGUGGUUUACUCGCUCUUUGGCUGGUUCCUCUACUCGGGCCCCGACGACAUCCCGUCUCUUAAAGCCAUGUGGCGGCAGAUCGGCGUGUCGAUGCGCGCCAUGCCGCUCUACACGCUCCUGCCGACCAUCUCGGAGCGGCUCGUCGAGACCGGCUGGACGCGCUGCUACAGCCAGAUCCGCGAGACGGCCGCGCCGCGCUACAUCCUGGGGCUGCUGCUGUACAUGCUGAUCGUGGAGCUCGGCAUCUACUGGGCGCACCGCCUGCUGCACGAUAUCAAGCCGCUCUACACGCACCUGCACGCGAUCCACCACAUCUACAACAAGCAGAACACGCUCUCUCCUUUCGCAGGCCUGGCGUUCCAUCCGCUAGACGGCAUCAUCCAGGCCCUCCCACACGUGCUCUCCCUCUUCCUCGUCCCCACGCACUUCACCACACACCUGCUGCUGCUCUUCGCGGAGGGCAUCUGGACCACCAACAUCCACGACAACCUACACGGCAACGUGCUCUUCAUCAUGGGCGCCAAGUACCACACCAUUCACCACACCACGUACCGGCACAACUACGGGCAUUAUACUGUGCUGUUUGACUGGCUGUUUGGGACCCUGCACUCGCCUGAGGAGUAUGAGGAGGAGCGGCGGCGGGUGAAGGGGAAGGCGAAGGUGGUGGAGGGGGAGGAGGAGAGCCGGGAGGGGAAGAAGGUGAAGUGA